UUACCCUUCUGGUCUCCAGCUGUGUAUAUUUUUUCAAUCUCUCUCUCUCUCUCUCUCUCUCUCUCUCGUACUCACUUUACCCUAAAAGGAGCCACUCAUCUCCUUCAUAAGCUCCUCUCAAGCGGCAGUCUUUUCCGCAAACCUUGAGAGAGAGAGAGAGGGAGUGAGAGGGUCUCUGCUUCCCUUCAAUACACUAUUCAUUUUAUUGGCUUUUAUUUCCUUUCAUCAUAUUUAUUGUUCUUCUAUUCUUUGAUUAAAAAUAUCUUCUUCAUCCCCAAUAUCUGAAAACACUCAACAAACACACACUGCAUAUAUAAAACAAAAACCAAAGUCUGUCUUUAAUAACUUUUGUUUCAUAGUUGAUGAAAUUUUGGUAUCCAAAGUGAGAGAGAGAGAGAGAUAAAGAGAGAGUUUGUGUCCGUUUUGGAGAGAUUAUUGUUGUUGUUGCAAUGGCACCCAGCUUUGACUGUACGGUUUCAAGCCUGCUUUGCGCAGAAGACAACAUUUUCGAUGAUAACGAUUUUGGGUCUGUGAGAUUGGAGGAGGAGUUUGAUGAGGCUAUGUGGCCUCUUAGAAAUCAUCGAAACUAUGAUCAAAAUCGUGGCUUUGAUGAUGAGGGUGGACUGCCAUUGCAGAGUGAUGAGUAUUUGGCUUCAAUGGUUGAAAAGGAAUGCCACCACUCGCCUGGUUCUGAUUACUUGAUGAGUUUGCAAAGUGGAGAGUUGGACCUGGGUGCUAGAAAACAGGCUGUUGAUUGGAUUGGAAAGGCAAAUGCCCAUUUCAGUUUUGGACCACUCUGCCAAUAUCUAUCCAUAAACUACUUGGAUCGCUUCCUUUCUGCCUAUGAAUUCCCUAAUGGCAAAGCUUGGACUAUGCAAUUGUUGGCUGUGGCAUGCUUUUCUCUUGCAGCCAAAAUGGAGGAGAUUGAUGUUCCUCUCUCUCUAGAUUUACAGGUGGCGGAGUCAAAAUUUGUAUUUGAGGCAAGAACAAUUCAAAGGAUGGAGCUUCUGGUUUUGAGCACAUUAAGAUGGAGAAUGCAAGCAGUUACCCCUUUCUCCUUCAUAGAUUCUUUCCUUCUCCAGAUCAAUGAGGAUCAAAUCCCUCUCAGAGCUUCAAUCUUGAGAUCAUCCCAACUCAUUUUGACCACUGCUAAAGGAAUUGACUUCUUGGAAUUCAGGCCAUCAGAGGUUGCAGCAGCAGUAGCAAUUUCUGUUGCAGGAGAAGCCAAAACAUUAGACACUGAGAAAGCAAUCUCUAUGCUCAUUCAACAUGUAGACUUAGUAAAGGAGAGAGUGGUAAAGUGUGUAAAUUUGAUUCAUGAUAUGUCUUUAAUGAGUGGGGCCUUUAAGGAUGCUAGUGGCUCUGCCCAGUCUGUGCCCCGGAGUCCAAUUGGGGUCUUGGAUGCUGCAUGCUUCAGCUAUAAAAGUGAAGAGAGCACAGUUGGGUCAUGUGCAAAUUCCUUCCACAAUAGCUCUGAUUCUAAAAGAAGGAAGCUAAACAGAGCCUUUGAGGUGUAGUUAUAGAAGCUAAAUUAUUUUGAUUUUUGUUACAUAAGUAGAUUGGUGUGUUUGAUGAAGUUGAUCAAAGGAAAAAAAAGAAAAUUGAAAAAAAAAAAUGGUUGGAAAAGUAGAAUGAUGGGAGAGGAAU